GAGCUAUAUGAACUAGUCGAACACAAGAUUAUGGGAGACGGUAACCGUCAGUUCCGCUCGCUGUCUGAUCAGAUAUACGGGACAUCAGACUAUCACGACGUUGUAAGAGAAGAAAUAGUCCAUCAGCUGAAGUCAAAGCCCGAGUUAUAUGCCAAUUUUGUCCCCAUGGCUUAUGGAGACUACUUGAAGAAAAUGAGCAGAAAUGGGGGAUGGGGAGAUAAUUGCACGUUGCAGGCCGCUGCUGAUUCCUAUGGCGUAAAGAUCUUUGUGGUUACUUCAUACAAAGACACAUGCUGCAUUGAGAUUCUUCCAAAAUUUGACAAAUCAGACAGAACUCUCUUGCUUAGCUUUCGGGCUGAAGUGCACUACAAUUCGGUUUAUCCUUUGCGAAGAUGGCAAGAAGAACAAUAAGUCGUGGUGUAUGUGAACUGGGAACGUCGUCGCUCACGACUCCAAGCCCAUCCCCCUCUACACCUCCUACGUCAAGCCAAGCAGAUACAGAAAAUCCUGUCUCAAGCCGAUCAACACUGCUAAUCCACCAAAGCGUCCCAAAUGGGCCGCUGGCGUUCUGAGACGCUUCCUAGAUUAUGUUUGUUUGAUCAAUGUAAUGAGUCGAGCGUGAUUAUAAGCUCCUUUCCGGAUUUUCUUUGUCGGUUCUUUCCCGGAUCGCAAGAUUCGAACCGCAUAGGGU